AAUUAAGUCAAGUGAACCAUCAAAGACUAAAACACUGAAGAAUGGUUAGUUUUUUGUGCUCGAGAAUCUUGUCAUUGAGACCUGCUUCGUUCAACACCUUCUUGAAAAAAAAAAUUGUGGUCGAUGGCAACUGUAGAACGAGUAAUCGACGGCUGCAGCCUUGGUGAAGGCCCCCACUGGGACGUUCCCAGCCAAAGUCUAUACUUUGUUGACAUAUUUGCAAACAACAUACUAAAAUACACCCCAUCGACGAAAAUCCUUACGAAAGCGUCACUCGAGAAAUCGCCGUCUUUCAUUGUACCCGUCGAAGGUAGAAGUAAUGAAUUUAUUGUCUCACAAGAGUCAGAACUGGUGAUAAUAUACUGGGAUGGCGAAAGCGAGGACGUACAGGUGGUGGAAAAAGUGUGUGCUGUGGACAAUUCUGAAAAAAAAUUCAACGAUGGAAAGUGUGACUCUUUGGGACGACUGUGGGCUGGUGCUCACAUCGUCCCUACUGACGACUUCACGCAGGCUCAGCCACUAGGUACUUUGUACAAUCUUGACACAAACAAUCAACUUGUAGACCAAGCUGGUGAAAUUCGGGUUUCAAAUGGACUGGCCUUCAAUGAAACGACCCAAAAACUGUUCUACAUUGAUUCUUUAGAACAAAGAGUUGAUAAGUUUGACCUGGACGUUACUAAAGGCACUAUCUCAAACAAGCAGCCUUGGUUUACUUUCCAUAGAUUAAGUAUUUCUGGAUAUCCCGAUGGGAUGACGAUUGAUACAGACGGUAAUCUUUGGGUCGCCGUUUUUCAAGGUAGUCGUGUAUUGAAAAUUGACGGCAACAAGUGUGAAACCUUGUUAGACACCAUUAACAUACCCACCGAACAGGUAACUUCUGUGGCAUUUGGUGGGUCAAAUCUGGACGAACUAUAUGUAACUACUGGAUCUGUAGACGGUUUCGGGAAAAGAGAAACGAGUCCUCCGGAUAGUGGUGCGACUUACAAGGUCACUGGAACUGGUGCUAAAGGUCUUCCCGCCACUAAUUUUAAACUACAUCAAUGAAAAACUUAAACCAAUGUACAAAGGUUUUGACAUAAUAAAAUGUUGACAGUGGUA